AUGAAUGCACUCAAGAUAGAAAUUGGCAAUAUUCAUUGCAAGCAGUGCGAAUCGUUCAUAAAAGAUAUACUUUCGAACUUUUUCACUUUUCGAGCUUAUCUCAAUGAUGAGACAGACUUUUCAAUAGGCAACGAAAUCAAGCAUGAUUUAUCACCAGGGACGAAAGGAAUCCUAAAUGAUGACUCGUUAAUGAUACUUCGACCCUUUAUGAAAUUGAAGGCUCCUAAUCAGCCUCAUAAAAUUGAAGCUACAGGCUUCAUUGCAGACCUAGAUGCAGGCCUUAUUACUGUGACCUAUGAUUCCGAAAGAGAAACAACAGACGUUUCUUCUUUGCUGCGCAAGGUGAAAGAUGCACUCGAAAAUUCAGGGUUUGACGUUGAAGAUGCCUACUUCGUAACAGAUGUAGAAAGUGCCAAAUCCAGUUACACAUCCGGUGAUAGCUCCCACCUCCAUGAGGAGAGCAGGGAUUUAUUCCAGUGGCUUCGCACUACUUUUUUCAGUGGGAAAGUUCAGCGAAAAAGAUAUCGUGCUCAUCUUAGUCACUGCCAGUAUUGUCAGAAUGACAAGUCUGUGGACCAAACGACGGAUUCUAACGAUGCCUCUAAAAAGGCUCAAAAUGACAACACUAUCUAUCAAAGCACCAUUGCAAUCAGUGGUAUGACAUGUGCGAGUUGUUCUCAAACUGUGGAAGCGACAAUUAGACAGCAUCUACACGAACAUGAGAGUGUACACGUUGAUUUGCUGAACAAUGUAGCCAAAGUGACGACAACGAAUAAACAAAGCGUUCAAAAAAUCAUCUCAUCAGUACGCGACUCCGGAUAUGAUGCAAGGUUGAUUGACAUAUUACCCAUCACGACAGAAUCAAGAUUUAAGAUCACAGCUGCUAUUGGAGGUAUCACCUGUGCUGCAUGUGCUUCAACAAUCAGUAGUGUUACGAAAGAAUUGGACUUCGUGGAAGACGUUGCCAUUAACGUCGUAUCUAAAGUUGGUAUCUUCAUUUUAGAUUCUGAAAAAGCCGAACGAGUGGAAGAUUUGAAGGAAGCCAUAGAGGAUGCUGGUUAUGACUUUGAAAUAAUUGGGAAAAUAAAAAGAAUUAGUCAUGCAUCAGCCAAAAGAUCUCAUAGAACAGUGACUCUGCGCAUUGAUGGAAUGUUUUGCAACCAUUGCCCAGAGAGGAUCAAAAAAGUACUGAAAAGAUUCGGGGGACUUAUCAUCAAUUCCGAUAUUACUUUGAAACAUCCCUAUGUCAAGUUCAGUUACGUACCUAACGUAGAAACGGGUGUUACAAUAAGAGGGAUCAUCGACUCAAUUUUGAAGGAUGUAGCCGAUAACUCUGACAAUAAUUUUAGGAUAACCAUCGUUAAAGAACUGUCGCUCGAGGAGCAUUUGAAAAAAAUGGCCAAGAAAAGUACCCGCGAAAUUUUGAUCAGGCUAACGAUCACAACAAUUUUCGCAAUUCCCACUUUUAUAUUUGGAGUGGUGGGCAUGGCACUUUUAAAGCCCGAAAAUAAAUUCAGGAUGUGGUUAAUGAUGCCUUUAUGGCAUGGAAACGCUUCUAGAGUAGUAUGGAUAUUGCUAAUUUUGAGUACACCAGUGUAUUUUUUCAUGGCAGAUAUUUUCCAUAGAAAGGCAAUUAAAGAAAUUAAAACCCUAUGGAUUCAGAAAAAUAAUUGGAGAAGACGUCUUUUCAAGUUCGGGAGCAUGAGUUUACUUAUGUCACUAGGGACAACCGUAGCCUAUUUUGCCAGUAUUGCUUUAUUAGCUCUUAGCGCAACCCAGCCUUAUACCGGUCACAGAGAGACUACAUCAUAUUUUGAUUCCGUGGUUUUUCUAACUUUUUUCUUAUUGAUUGGUAGAUUGCUUGAGAGUAUUUCUAAAAGUAAGACAGCAGCAGCCAUCAAUAAUCUUGGGUCAAUGAAGCAACACUACGCCAGGCUUAUCGAGAAGAUAGACGGCCAAACUGUUGAGAAGACUAUUGAUGUACAGUACAUAGAAGCUGGCGACUAUAUCAAAGUCAGUCCUGGAGAAUCACCUCCAUCAGACUGUAUCAUAAUCGAAGGUAACGCUCAAUUCGACGAAAGUGCUUUAACCGGGGAGUCCAUCCCUGUUGAACAUAAGCCUGGUGAACAAAUAUUUGCUGGAACCGUUAAUGUGGGAAGAAGUAGCGUAUUGGGAAAGUUGGUCGCAGUUGAGGGUGACUCUUUGCUAGACCAAAUUGUGAACACAGUGCGCGAUGGGCAGCUAAAAAGAGCUCCUGUUGAAAAGCUAGCAGAUGCUCUAACUGGAUAUUUUGUUCCUAUAAUUGUUCUACUCGCAGUAGCAACUUGGACGAUAUGGCUGGGGUUGGGCUAUGGAGGAAAGCUUCCCGAAAGCUACUUAGAUGUGGAUGUUGGCGGAUGGGCAGUUUGGUCCCUCGAAUUCGCAAUAUCGGUCUUUGUUGUGGCUUGCCCAUGCGGCAUUGGUCUUGCCGCUCCCACUGCAAUAUUUGUAGGUGCUGGUCUUGCUGCAAAAUAUGGCAUUCUGGCUAAGGGAGGGGGUGCCGCUUUCCAAGAUGGUUCGAACGUUUCCGUUGUUUGUUUUGAUAAAACUGGAACCUUGACUAAAGGGGGCGCUCCUCAAGUGGCGCAUUUUGCUAUCCAUAAUAACCCAAGAGUCAGAUCGAUUACUCCACAACUAACUCGUGAUUUAGAGGCAAAUUCUAAGCAUCCACUUGCUAUAGGAGUAAGAAAUUUUAUCAAUGAGUACUUUGGUGGUGCAUUAUCCACCAACAAAGUACCAGUCACGGAAGAAGUUCCUGGGCUAGGUAUUACGGGUGAAAUUGUCUGCUCCCCUGAAGAGUAUGGAAAAAGUAUUUGGGAUGAAUUGAAAGCAGCAAAAGUCAUACUUGGAAAUGAGAGGUUUAUGGCUCAAAACAAAGUUCAUAUGACAACUCAUCAAUUGCAACUUCUCGACGAGUGGAAGACCGAAGGAAAUAGUGUGGUUAUUGUAGCUUUGCAAUGCCCAGCAUUAUUCCAGAAUUCUAAUUUCUUCCCGAUUCUUCUCCUUGGUGCCAAAGAUGAAGUUAGAGAAGAGGCAAAAGGUGUGAUAAAGAGCCUUCAGGAAGAAGGAAUCGAGUGCUGGAUGAUAUCAGGCGAUAACGAAAAAACUGCUAGAUCUAUUGCCAACGAAUUAGGGAUUGAUCAGGUGGUUGCUGAGGUAUUGCCUGCUGAAAAAGCUGAAAAGGUUCAAUGGAUACAAACCACAUACAAAAAGAAUGGGAAGCCUGCUGUUGUGGCAAUGGUCGGAGAUGGUAUUAACGACGCACCUGCAAUGUCCAAAGCUGAUGUUGGAAUUGCUCUGGCUUCUGGCUCUGAUUUAGCAGUGAUAUCAUGUGAUUUUGUUUUGUUAUCCUCGGUACACACACUCAGUUCGUUACUCACAUUAUUCCAGCUGUCGCGCAAGGUGUUUGGACGAGUCAAAUUCAAUUUCGGUUGGGCAUUGAUAUACAAUUUGGUUGCAGUGCCAAUAGCUGCUGGUGUUAUUUAUCCUUAUAAACAUUCGCGACUGUCUCCUGUGUGGGCCAGUGCAGCAAUGGCCUUGUCCUCUAUCUCCGUUAUUAUCAGUAGUUUAGCUCUGCGCCUCUUCAGACCAAGUAAAGUGUCACUAACUAAUCAAGUGCAAAAAAUGCAGACUGCUAUUGAACAUACUUUCAGAUAA